AUGUAUAAUUAUGUAGAAUGUCUGAUUGGAACUUUUGGUGAAGAUUGUGCUAAAAACUGCAGUGUCUACUGUCUUGGGGGCCCUUUCUGCAAUAAACAGAAUGGACACUGUGAAAAUGGUUGCUCUCCAGGAUAUAGGGGAAAUCUCUGUAAUGACUUUUGUCGAAAUGGAUCUUUCGGUCAGAACUGCGGUGAUGAUUGUAGUGCACAAUUUUGUCAAGCAGGAAAUUUUGGGGAAAAAUGCUCUGAGAUCUGUGAUUCAAACUGCAAUCAAACCUGCCAUCACAUCAAUGGAUGCAAACAAGAAGAAGAAACGGGUCUUAAAUUUUCAAAUGUUUCGUCUCUGAAUGCGAUAUUUCUGGUUGCCGUCUUGGGUGGAUGCGCUGCGUUUAUUAUCAUUUUUGCAUUGGCUGUCAUUUUCGUAAGGUUAAAGAGGAAAGCAGGAAUAAAACUCAUGAAAAAGAUGGAAAUAACAUUGAAGGAAACAAGUUCUACGAUGGAACUUAUACCGAAAAAAAGCAACAAACAAGCACCGCAUAAUCAGAACCAGUUGGAUAAAGUACAUGACACAGCUAAAAAGGGCCGUCCUACAAACAAAAUCAUACCUGUGAGAAAUUUGAAUACUGUCAUAGCCAAAAUGUCCACUGCUGAAAAUGCUGGAUUUAAGCAUGAGUAUCAUGAAAUUCCAAGAGGCGAACUUUUUCCAUGCGAGGAAGGGAAGAAACUAGAAAACAAACCCAAAAAUAGAUACACAACAACUUACCCAUACGACCAUUCCCGAGUUGUUUUAAGAACUGACGCCUCGCAAGACGGAGAUUACAUCAAUGCAAAUUAUAUCGAGAAUGCUAUUGGUCAACGAUCCUACAUUGCAACUCAAGGUCCGAAACCAAAGACAAUCGGUGACUUCUGGAAGUUGGUGUGGCAGGAGGAAGUUUUCGUCAUUGUCUGUUUGACAAACCUUAAAGAAGGGGGAAAGAAUAAAUGUGCUCAAUAUUGGCCAGCUAUCUACGAUAAAAUCCAAACAGGGUACAUCACCAUAAGAAACCUGGAAGAGAGAAUAUAUGCAAAUUAUACAAUACGGCGAUUUAAAGCACAAAACAAUUCG